UUGCCAGUUGUUCCUCAGGCUCAGCUGUCAUUGCCCCUCAUACCCCUCGAGGUGGACUGUAGUCUUUGCCAACAUGGGUCUUAUCACAGGACUGUUCUCUUUCUUGUACCACUUACCUCAGAUUUACAAAUGGCUGCUAAAACCGUAUUAUAUCGCCUCGGUUAUUAUGACUGUCGCCUUUCUGCUGAUCCGAAAGGCUCCAGGUCUGUGCGAGCACCUGGCGACCCAGCGCGAGGACGGCAACUCCUGCGACUUUGACUGGAGAGAACUGGAGAUUCUUAUGUUUCUGGGUGCAAUAGUGAUGAUGAAGAACAGAAGAGCAAUCACAAUGGAGCAGCACGUGGGCAACUUGUUCAUGUUCAGUAAAGUGGCCAACGUCAUCCUCUUCUUCAGACUGGACAUCCGGCUCGGCAUCUUUUACCUCACAUUGUGUGUUGCUUUCACCAUGACCUGUAAGCCUCCACUCUACAUGGGUCCCGAGUACAUCAAGUACUUCAGUGACAAGACCAUCGACGAGGAGCUACGGAAAGACAGCCGUGUCACCUGGAUUGUUGAAUUCUACGCAAACUGGUCCUCUGACUGCCAGUCUUUCGCUCCUGUCUUUGCAGACCUUUCACUCAAGUACAACUGUCCUGGACUCAGAUUUGGGAAGGUGGACAUCGGUCGCUAUGGAGAGGUUGCAGAGAGGUACAGAGUUAGUACUUCUCCUCUGGCCAGGCAGCUGCCCUCACUGAUGCUUUUUGAAGAAGGGAAGGAACUUAUGAGACGUCCAAUGGUGGACAACAAAGCAAGAGCUGUGUCUUGGACCUUCAGUGAGGAGAACAUCAUCAGAGAGUUUAACCUGAAUGAGCUCUUCCAAAAAUCCAAGAAGAUGAACAAAAGUAAAGCUUUGAAGGAAGAGUUGCAGAACGACGCUCAGCCAGAGGAGGGCAGCAACGAGCUCGAGCCUGAAACCAAAAUCACGGAGCAGCCCGCAGAAAGCAAGAAAGACCAGUAAAGAGAAAAGAAGAAGAUUGCAUGAAGUCUCUCCUUUUCUUACCACGCCUUACAUUUUGCAGGAGUCCAGAGUAUUAUGGAACGUAGAGAGGAAAAUAGGUUGGACCCCUGCUAGAUGUCAUCUCUUUACAUGGGAAAAUAAUGACCCAGUAAACUGCACCAUGUUCCCCUGGUCCAUCUGGGUAUUAAGCAGGGUGGUUGCCGCAACGAUUUGGGGACAUUAUAUUACAUUUAUAACUUAAAUUAUUUGAGAACAUGUGCCUUUUUUGUAAUGAAUGCCUUUUGAUACUUUCAUCUCAUCCCUGCGUGUGACAUUUAGCUGCCUGUAUUUUGUAAUGUGUGUGUUUACUGAUGUCUCAUGUUUAAUACCAAAGUAAGAGUUGAAACUGAAAAAAGAAAUACACAAAUCCAGUUAUCAAUUUUACCUUUUUUUAUUCUGCGACAUCUUGUUAAAAAUUCUUUAUAAGGCCAUUUUGGAAAUGUCUUUAAUGUACUCGUUACAGAUAUUUGUGAAACUCGUUCCAUCCGCCACAGCCCACGAUAGCGAUAUUUUAUCUCACACAGAACUAUACAUACUGUUCUCACAUAGUUUCAAAUUGUUCAGUGGCCAUCAUCCCCGGCCAGAGCAGGAAGAAAAGUAACACAGGUUCUCUUAAUCCCCUGUGCCAUUAAUGCUUCUUUUCUUGUUAGCACCCACACGUCAACCAGGUGGGCUUUUGACAAUAUUCUCACAAGUACACACGCCAGUGAAGCAUUCAGCACGACAAACAAAAGUCACAUGCACACCAACGACAUAGGGAACUGGCAGGGAUGAAAAUCACGGCCAUUUGGGUUAAACA